AUGGUACCUUCUGCAGAGCUGGAUUUCAACCUGCAGCCUCUUCUGCAACAGCUCAACCAGGAAGAAUUGAGCAAGUUCAAAUCUCUCUUGAGAGCCCUUUCCCUGAAAGAUGAAUUACAGCACAUCCCCCAGACAGAAGUGGAAGAGGCCGAUGGGAAGCAGCUGGCAGACAUUCUCACCAAAUGCUGUCCCAGCUGUUGGGUAGAGACGGUGACCAUCCAGGUCUUUGACAAGAUGAACAGAACAGAUCUGUCUGAGAGAGCAAAGGAUGAACUCCGGGGUAAGCAGAAACAAGUCCACACUGUGUUCUGGGAGGAAGGAGUCACUGUCUCCACGAUUUGUAAACAAGAUAAGUACAGAAAUAUAUUGAAGAAGAAGUUCUGGCACCUCUGGAAGAACUUAUGGCCUGGAGCCAGUGAAAAUGUCCAUAGUGUCACCCAGAGAUAUGAGACCCUGAUCCCAUUCUGUAAUCCUAAAAUGCCUGCAGGGCCAUUUCCACACACUGUGGUGUUGCACGGUCCUGCCGGUGUCGGGAAAACCACACUGGCAAAGAAGUUAAUGCUGGACUGGACACAGGACAACCUGGUGAAGACAUUCAACUCUGCCUUCUAUCUCAGCUGCAAGGACCUCAGCCACAAGGACACAUGCACAUUUGCAGAGCUGAUACUGAGAAAAAGGCCAGAUUUGCAGGAUGCCAUUCCCGAGAUGCUCGCCCAAGCACGGGAAAUCCUGUUCAUCAUCGAUGGUUUUGAUGAGCUGAGAGUUCCCUCGGGGGCACUCGUCCAUGACAUAUGUGGCGACUGGCAGAAGGAGAAGCCGGUGCCCGUCCUCCUGGGGAGUUUGCUGAAGAGAAAAAUGUUACCCAAGUCCUCUUUAGUGAUCACCACUCGACCGGGGGCCUUAAGGGAGCUCCGGCUCUUGGUGGAGCAGCCACUCUUCAUAGAAAUCGAGGGGUUCCUGGAGCUGGACAGGAGGGCAUAUUUCCUGAAACACUUUGAAGAGGAGAGUCAAGCCCUGCGCGCUUUUGACUUGAUGAAGAACAAUGCAGCUCUGUUCCACAUGGGCUCAGCACCCGCAGUGUGCUGGAUCAUCUGCACAUGCCUGAAACGGCAGAUGGAGAAGGGGGAGGACCCCGCCUCGACCUGCCAGACCACCACGUCCCUGUUCCUGCGUUUCCUCUGCAGCCAGUUCACGCCAGCUCACAGCAGCUGCCCCGGUGUUUGCCUCCAAGCUCCUGUGAAGUCUGUGUGUCUCUUGGCUGCUGAGGGCAUAUGGACGCAGACAUCUGUGUUUGAUGGAGAAGACCUCGAGAGACUUGGGGUAAAGGAGUCUGCCCUCUGUCCUUUCCUGGACAAGAAUAUUCUCCAGAAGAGCACAGACUGUGAGGGCUGCUACUCUUUCAUCCACCUCAGUGUCCAGCAGUUUCUUGCCGCCAUGUUCUAUGUCUUGGAGACUAAAGAGGAGGAGGAGGAGGAAGACGUGGGUGGCCACAGGUGGCACAUUGGGGAUGUGCAGAAGCUGCUGUCCAAGGAAGAAAGACUAAAGAACCCCAACCUGACCCAGGUGGGGUACUUCUUAUUUGGCCUCUCCAAGGAAGAAAGGGCCCUGGAGCUGGAGACAACUUUUGGCUGUCUAGUAUCGAUGGAGGUCAAGAAGGAGUUACUGAAAUGUAGAUCAAUGCCCGAUGGAAAGAAACCCUUCUCUAUGACAGACAUGAAGGAGAUUUUGUACUGUCUUUAUGAAUCUCAGGAGGAGGAGCUUGUGAAGGAUGCAAUGGCCCCCGUCAAAGAGAUGUCCCUGAAUUUGAAAAAUGAAAUGGACAUCAUGCACUCAUCGUUCUGCCUCAAGCACUGUCGAAACUUGCAGAAACUUUCACUGCAGGUAGAAAAGGGGAUAUUCCUGGAAAAUGAUACCUCACUGAAAUCAGGCACUCAGGUUGAGAGGUCCCAGAAUGAUCAACACUUGCUCCCUUUCUGGAUGGACCUUUGUUCCGUGUUUGACUCAAGCAGGAAUCUGAUAGUUCUGGACGUCACUCAGAGCUUCCUUAGCACCUCAUCAGCGAGGAUUCUUUGUGAAAAAAUAGCCGCUGCUACCUCUAGUCUCCAGAAAGUGGUCCUCAAGAAUAUUUCCCCAGCUGAUGCUUAUAGGAACUUCUGUGUCACUUUUGGUGGUCAGGAGACUCUAACACAUCUCACCCUUCAAGGAAAUGACCAAGAUGAUAUGCUUCCUCCAUUGUGUGAGGUCCUGAGGCACCAAAAAUGUAAUCUACAAUAUCUCAGGCUGGUAUCUUGUUCUGCCACCGCUCAGCAAUGGGCUGAUCUCUCCUGCUGCCUCAAAAUCAAUCAGUCCCUCACAUGCUUGAACCUCACAGCAAAUGAGUUCCUAGAUGAGGGUGCCAGCUUGCUGUACACGACUCUGAAACACCCAGUGUGCUUCCUACAGAGGUUGUCGUUGGAAAACUGUCACCUUACAGAAGCCUAUUGCAAGGAUCUGUCUUCUGCUUUGAUUGUUAACCAGAGACUGACACACCUGUGCUUGGCAAAGAACGCUCUUGGAGAUCGUGGGGUGAAACUUCUGUGUGAGGGCCUGAGUUACCCUGAGUGUCAACUACAGACCCUGGUGCUGUGGUGUUGCAACAUAACCAGUGAUGGCUGCACUCAUCUCUCAAGGCUCCUCCAGCACAAUUCAAGCCUUACACACUUGGAUCUGGGGCUGAAUCACAUAGGAAUCACUGGGCUGAAGUUUCUGUGCGAGGCUUUGAAGAAACCACUGUGUAAACUAAGAUGUCUAUGGUUGUGGGGAUGCGCCAUCUCUCCUUUCUGUUGUACAGAACUCUCAUCUGCCCUGAGAAGCAAUCAGAACCUGAUCACUCUGGACCUGGGCCAGAAUUCCUUGGGGUAUAGUGGAGUAAAGAUGCUGUGUGAUGCCUUGAAACUUCAAAGUUGCCCCCUGCGGACACUCAGGUUGAAGAUAGAUGAAUGUGAUGCUCGAAUCCAGAAGCUGCUGAAAGAAAUGGAGGAAAACAACUCAAAACUGACUAUUGAGAGUGAUCAUCAGGAUCCAAAAAAUAACAGACCUUCUUCCCGUGACUUCAUUUUCUGA